AUGAUAAAAUGGUCUCCUGAGGUAGUAAAAGGGUUAGAACAAAGACUUGCUCAUGCCCAAAAUGAUGCUGCUAAGAAAACUAAUCUUACUAAUGAGAAAAAUCAACUAACUAUUGAAAGAGAUGGUUUAAAGAGAGUUAAAGAACUUAAUGAAUUACAAUUAACUAACAAAGAUAAUCAAAUCAACACUUUAAACAUUCAAAUUACUAAAAAGGAUAAUCGAAUUACUCAACUAGAUAAAACUAUUAAAGGUAGUGCUGUGUUUUUCCAAACCCAAAUCAACAUUAUUGAUAACUUAACUAAAAAACUAGAUGCUGAAAGAAAAAUUCCAAAUAACUAUCAAACUCAUUUAAAAGUAGACAUUAAAAGAUUAGCCGAAGAAAGAAAAGAUUUAGUUAAAUCAAAGAAGGAUUUAGAGGAUGCUAAGACUGCUAGUGAAAAUCUCCGAGACCAAGAAAUUGCUAACUUACGAGCCGAAAGAGAUGCUCCAAGACCAACUAGGGUAGAGUAUAAUGCUAUUAUCAACCAAAAAACUACUGCUGAAACUGAAAGAAACAGUUUAAACAAACUAAGUGAUUUUCGAAUUAAUUUUCCUUGGUCUAGUUAUACAGGUUUGAUUGUUGCUUCUGUUAAACCAUUAGUUAUUACCCAAGAGGAAAAGCAAAUAAUUGGUCUAAUAAGUGCUUCGGAGAAUUUAUACAAUUUAGAAUUAGGUGAAAGACAGAACAGAGUUAGAAUGCUUACUAGUGAAGAAGAUAUGAUUUUAGAGGUUUUUAGAAGAAAUGGUGUAAAUAAAAACACUAGUAAACAAGAGCUGGAAAGCAAAGGUUAUGGCAGUUCAGUUUUGGGAAACAAACUUUAUCCUAAAUUGGAGUUAAAAAUAACUUCUGAACACCUAACUAUCGAAGAAUUAAUUGCUCAAUUCAAACAACAAAUUCCUACUAAUUAUUUAGAAAUAAAACCAGAAGAAGGAAAUUACAUGUAUAUUCCUCAUAAUUUAUUAGAAAAAUUGAAGUUAGUUAAAGGUGAAGAUAUAAUCAAUCCUCUUUAUUUGUCUCCUAAUUUAUUGGAAAGAGAACCUAGUUUCGGUGGCAUUACUGUCGAGAAUGAAACUGAAAUUAUUUUAGUUAAUCCUAGUAAGAUUAUAGUGAAAGAGCAAGAAACACAGACUGACUUAAACAAUCAAGAAGUGGAAGAUUUAAAAAAUGAGAACAAUUAUAAUAGUAUCCAAAGUCAGUUAACCAUUGCUAAUAGUGCUAUCAAUCAAAAGAAUACUCAAAUCACUAAUUUAACUAAUCAAGUUAGUAGUCUUAAUACUCAAUUAACCACUACUAAGAAUGAACUAGCCAAAGAACAAGGUUGCAAGAAAUACCAAUUAUACAAGAAAACAUUUGGACAAAGCUCACAAUUUUCUGAUGAUUUGAGUUUUGGUUCUACUUGGGCUUACGGUAGUUUAAAAACUUAUGAAAUUUGUUGGUUGUCAAACGAAACUCCUAACAGGAAAUAUUCUUCAACAGUCAUUGAUUGGCACGAAGCUGAUACACAUAGCAAACACGAAAUAAAAAGAAUUAUAGAGGGUAUUCGAAGUUAUCUUGCCAAAAUUAUUGGUGAAACAAGACUUGAAAAUGGAAAAUUCUAUAAAUAUGAUUUCAUUAACCUUAAAACAGGAUGUGAAGAUUACUUUUUAAAUAAUCACCAACUGACCUACAUUCCUCACUUACUGGGCAAGUUAAAUCUUUUAGAAAGUGAUAAGCAUCCUAAAUUCUACCAAUCUUUCGAGCAAGAUAUUGAUAAUGUUGGUAAAGAAAACCAAGGAGAAAGAGCAUUAACUCAAUUACUUGGGAAGAACAUUCAAGGAAUUGAAGAGAUAGACAGUGAACCUAUCAAGGAAGCAAAGUUAAAACUUUCUGCUCGGCAAAUAAAUGAGAUGAUAGCAAAAGGUUUAACCCCAAAAGUUAUUGUUAACAUUGCUCGGGUUAGUGAAAGAACUAUUUAUCGAAGAAGAAAAAUAAUUAACCAAUCCAUUCCCCUAAAAACUGGACGAAAACCCAAAAUUCUCGGUAGUAUUCUUGAAGUUUUAUAUUCCUAUGUCUUCAAAAAUAACAGAACAACUCAAAAAGAUAUGGUUAACUAUCUUUUUCAAGAAAUGGGUUUGAAAAUGAUUAAGCCUCUACUAAAAACAAAUCUUCUUUUGGCAACUGAUGAAAGUGGAUUUCCUUUAAACUUAGCUCCUACUCGUGGCUAUGCUUUAAAAGGUCAACGAGUUUUGGCUCAUAAAUCAGUUAAAGGAGCUGUUAAUGCUGAGAUUUUUGCUAAUUUCUUCUCUAAUGUAAACCUCCCUGAUGAUGUAAAAUUUUAUCUUUUACUGGAUAACAUUAGGUUUCACUACUCAAAGGAAGUUAAAGAAAUGUUGGCAAACAAAAAUAUUGAACCUAUCUAUUUAGUUCCUUAUUCUCCUCAAUUAAAUCCAGUGGAGGAAAUUUUUAAUGUGAUUAAGCAAUAUGUUAGACAACAAAGACCAACCACCGAAGAAGAAUUAAGAAAUGCCAUUAUUAGGAUAAUAACUGAAAUUCAAAAAGAGGGUUUAGCCAAUUUGGUCGGUGGUUUAGAACACAAAGUACCCGCUGCCGUGGCAACUGGAGUUAAAAAACUAAUUCUCUCUGCCGAACAAAAAGAGGAUUAUGAAAAAGUAGUUCCGCAAGAAAUAAGAGAAAAAUUACGAGUUUUCUACGUCAAAAAUGUUGAAGAAUUGGAAGAAUUGUUUUUCCGAGGAGAGUUUUCUUAA